AUGGCGAUCUGUACUUAUAACGCACGUACGCUUGCAUCGGAAGCGGCCAUCGAAGAUCUGAUGAUGCAAGCCAAGAAGAUCAAGUACGACGUCAUCGGACUGACCGAGACGAGACGACGUCACCCUCUCAACGCCGUAUGCGAAACUGGAGAAGAACUGUUCUUAGGAACAUGCGACAGUAGAGGUGUUGGUGGAGUUGGCAUCCUCGUCAACACGUGUAUGGCAAAGAACAUCGACUCUUUUGAACAAAUUACGACCCGAAUCGGACGUCUGCGGAUGAGAAGAUGUGGCCCAACACCAGCUUUGACUAUCUUCGUCGCUUACGCUCCAACAUCAGGCUACGAAGAAGAAGAAGUCGAAGCUUUCUAUAUGGACCUAAAGAAGUUCUACCGAGAAGACCAUGUCUUCUACAAGGUCAUAAUUGGCGAUUUCAACGCCAAGGUUGGCCCAAGAAGAACGCCGGAGGAACUUCACAUCGGGACCCACGGUCUACAAUGGAAUGACCAGGGGGAGAGGCUCUCCGAGUUCAUCAUGACGAAUAAGACCAUCCAUGGGAUGGGCAAUUCCAGAAGCCCUCCACUCUACGCUGGACGUGGGAGUCACCCGGUGGAGGGUAUCGUAAUGAAAUAG